UCAAUCGCCGUUGCACCUCUGCGCGACAAGUCCAUCGUUCGACGAUCGGUGCGCGCCGCGAUCUCUGGAGAACGCGGUUCGUUUAGAUAGGAUUCGCAUCCCGACGGCAAGGGAGUGGUGGUGACGAAAGCGACGAUUUUUCUCCCGAUUGCCGUUAUGUAGGGUGAACGCGUCGAUCGGGGAAGCUUCGCGACGGUUGAGAAAUCGCGAGCACGCGUUCGUUUUUAUCGGUAAUAAAACGACUCUGAUAAGAUACGGAGAAAGGGGGACCAGCGGUGAGAGAUUCUCUUACCUAUCGACGCAUCGGUUGGCGGUUCGUUCGCGCCGGUGGAUCGCCGUCGAUCCCGAUACCACGAUAAAGAUCACGAACCGUUGACCCCCGCGGGUGCCGAUACUCCGACGCAGCUACGACGGUCACAGCGGUGAUAAGAGUGCGUGCAGGGGGGGGUGUGUGAUGCCCUGGUUAUGGUUAAGCGUGAGUGAGGUCAGUGGCAAGUGGAGGAGAAGAAGGACUGGCAGAGGCAGCGGGUCGUUCGAGUUGUCGUCGUCUGGGUCACCGUUGUUGCGUCAACCGCGGAGGAGGAGGAUAGGCGGUGGUGGUGGCGAAUACUCGCUGGUACCGUCGACGACGUCUGCGGCAACGUACACGAGGAUCGCCGACCAGUGACCAGAGUCAGGGUCGUCCUCGAGUCAGAGCCGCGUGAUUAUGGUGCACCAUCAUCAUCGUCGUCGCGGCCUUCAGGCGAGCCACCACUGCGUUCUCAGGAGACGAGGCGCGACGCCCUCGCUUCUCCAGGUCCUACUGCUGAUACUCGGUCUUUGGUUGCCGGUGCUGGACAACGGCGGCCUCGUCCUAGCCUGCGGACCUGGCAGGGGCGGCGGAAGACUCCCGCCCUUCAAGAAGAUCACGCCGUUGGUCUUUAAGCAGCAUGUGCCCAACGUCAGCGAGAACACGCUGCCUGCCAGCGGGCUCAGCGAGGGCCGCGUGUCCAGACACGACUCCAGGUUUCGCGAUCUCGUGCCUAACUACAACGCCGACAUCAUCUUCAAGGACGAGGAGGGCACCGGCGCUGAUCGUCUUAUGACACAGAGAUGCAAGGAGAAGUUGAACACCCUCGCAAUAUCGGUAAUGAACCAAUGGCCGGGCGUGAAGCUUAGGGUGACGGAAGGCUGGGACGAGGAGGGGAAGCACGCGACGGAUUCGUUGCAUUACGAGGGACGUGCCGUCGACGUGACAACAAGCGAUCGGGAUCGCUCGAAAUAUGGAAUGCUGGCGAGGCUCGCCGUCGAAGCUGGUUUCGAUUGGGUCUACUACGAGUCCAGGUCGCACAUCCACUGCUCCGUGAAGUCUGAAUCCUCGUCAGCGGCGAAGUCAGGAGGCUGCUUCCCAGGCAGGAGUCUGGUUCGCACGGAAGACGGCUCGGCGAAGAGGUUGGACCAGGUGCAGCUGGGUGAUCGCAUCGCCGCCUUGGACUCCCGCGGAGACAUCGUCUACAGCGAGGUGAUCGCGUUCCUGGACCGUUCCACGACAGAGAGGAGACAGUUCGUGCGACUGACCACGGAGUCCGGUCGAGUGCUGACCCUGACGCCAGCCCACUUGGUGCCAGUGGAGGGUAGGUCUUCCAUAUUCGCUGGGAAGGUGCUACCAGGGGACAAGAUCCUCGUGAGGGAUCCAGCGGACGAGAACGAGGUGGAGCAUCGUCUGCGAUGGGACAAGGUCGUGGACAAUCGACUGGUCCUCGAGGAGGGCAUCUACGCGCCCCUGACGAUGGAAGGCACCCUCCUAGUCGACGACGUGGUCGCGUCCUGCUACGCUUUCGUGGACAACCAGGAGCUCGCCCAUUUCGCCUUCCUCCCCUACAGAGUCUGGAGCAGCGUCAAGUCCUUCGUCGAGAGGAGGCUGGUCAUCGAAGACACGAGGCACAUAGACGUCAGGCAGGACUCCAGGACGAUGCAGGAAGGCAUUCACUGGUACGCUUCGUUCCUCUAUUGGGUCUCCUCGUACGUCACGCCGACCAGGAUGCUCUAUCAAUGAGGGUCGGUUCUGGACCGAGAAACUAGGUUGCAUAAAACGGACAGUGAGUUCGUGUGUUAGUCUCGUCAUGCGGACGCCCCGAAGAACGAAGGGAUAUUCGGGCGUCCUGAGAGAGAAAGGUGAACGUGUACAGAGUCGAGCAGCUCGUGGUUCCAGGAGACGCGGGCUCGGAAGUCCCUGGACCGACUGUUGGAAGCCCCUGUGCGUUUCCGGUCAUCCGUUGCUUCGUGGCGACUUGGGCCGAAUCCGAAUCGACUGGUCGUUCAAGGACACUCCUUCCACUGUGAAUCGAACUGGACAUUGUUCUCACUUUUAUAACACGGUGGCCAGUAUCGGGCAAAUAAUCGUUAAUUGACUCGCAAUGGUUGACGAUCGAAGUAAUCGUUAGCUUACGACCAUUGUCGAUUUAAAUUAAGCGUUAUCGAGUCGAAAAUAUAGAAAUUUCUUCUCAACAGAUUUAACAAAUGUAACUAUUUAAGAAUAUAUUUCAAGUAACCGAAUAGUACAGAGGAAUUAGUCAAUUACUGUCCAAGCCUGACGCCACUUUGCCUCUCUGGGAGGCAGACAGUUCGUCUGCAAGUCUGCGCGAGGAGAGGUGGGAGUGGAAGAGUGCUGUAGUGGGGAGAGUGCCUCGGUGACCUCGAGCAGCCAAUUAAUUCUGGACAAACUGCUGCCAGUAAAUUGUAUCUAGUUGGAGAGGGGACGAAAGGGACAGCCUUUCUCUCUGGUAAUUUUUGCAAAACGUACUCGAACGUUUGAAGACGAAACGGAUGUUAAAGAGACUCGGAGUGCUCGUUGGCCAAUCGGUCCAGCUCCGUUCACAGAGUGACGUGUAGUAUACUAGAUAUGUAGGACGAAAACAACGAAACGAAGCUUUAGAGAGGAUCGGAGCUUUUCUCUUAUUAUUGUAGUGUGUGUACAAUACGAAUAUAUAAUAUAAAUGUUUUCUUUCAUCGUUCCUUGACGAAUGCAUCGUGUUUUCUGAGAUGGAUCUGCGACGACCCCGGUUAACCGUGACUAAGAAUCGACAAUUGGAUCGAUCGAUUAAUGUAAAUCGAAGUGAAACGUGCGUGGAAAUAUUUUUCGAAGAUUUGUUACUGCGCUUCAGCGAAAUGUUUUUUAAUUAGACAACCUCUAUUUAACGGGAAAUUUUGGGAGAAUGAUUUCAGUUGAUCUUCUCAAAAAUAUUGGCAACAAUUUUACAAUGUAUUUUAUGUAUUCCGAAAUUGCGCUUGACGGGCUGUUGUACAAUUUCGUCGUAACAGUUGGGAAAAUUGUUAUCGAUUUUAUGAAAUACUGGCAAAAUGUGUUCAAUUAUAAAUUUCAUGUAUUCUACAAUACUCUUGGCAGGGCGUUUUAUUUUUCAUCAAUACCGAUGGAAAAUCGUUCGCGGGCUUAUAAAAUUCUCUAUAAAAUGCUUUAAACGAUCACGAUCAAUGUAAAAUAUAUAAUCCAGCUGCCGAUGCACGUUGUAGACAGAAAAUAUGUAAAGUAUAGUAGCUCUAAUAAAUUUUCGUUCGCGUAUUCUGUAUAUUGAAUAAAUUGCUCGUCGAUAUUUGCAACAAUGGUCUGCAAAACUUCAAACAUUGCACACGGUGCUUGGGGACAAUCUGUUUGCAAUGUUUAUGUAUGUUUCCACGAAACGUUUGGAAAAAAGAGAAAAAUAUGGAAAAUACGUUUGGUAUUUCACGUUUUUAUUUAUAUUUAUAAAUCGUACGUCCGUUGAGUGAAGUCGGAGGCACGUUCGCGUUCGUUGCAACGUACUGUCCCUUUUAAUCGCUUCUCACCCUUUUCGCGACUCGACUCUAAUGCCGCUAAUGUUAGAAAUCGUGUAUUUAUAGAAACCUCCCCCUUUAAAUCCUGACAAUUCUCGUCGGGUGACGCUUCACCUUCCGCUUCUGUCACUUUAACGUAACCAGAAUCAUCGAAAGUAAAAGUAUUACGUCCGCUGUCGCUUGUCUCGAGAGCGAUCCACGCGAAACGAAUAGAAUAGGCACGCUUAAAUAAACAAACAAACAAAAAAAAGAACGGAAAUAAUUAUUGUACAUAGUCCGCUAUCUGCUUUCCUUUUUGUAUCUUUUCCGUAGAAACCUCGACUCGUUUUAAUUUCGUUCCGUGUCCGUUGCUGCAUUUUAACGCUAUCUCAUAGAUGGAACAUCGAAUUUUCCCGACCCCUCGCCGUAUAGUGAUCCUAGCGUGAUGAUCGCGUUUCGGUUCGAUCGUCGAAAUCCGACAGGAGAAAGGAGAAAUUAACUUACGCUAGAGCGGUUGCUACAUUGUCGACUAAGUUAUCCCCCCCUUUCCCCCCAGAAAUUUAUAUAUUAUAUAUUAUUAUAUUAUAGUAAUUAUUAUUAUUAUUAAUAUUAUUAUAUUAUAUUAUUAUUAUUUGUACGUAGCGCAAAAACAAAUUAUAAAUUAUGUAUAUAUACCAUCGAUAGAAUGAAUUAAAACAUU